UCUGUUUGGUCACCAUCGCGAAAGACGCUCUGCGAAAAGCUCUCCAGAGAGCUUCGAAAGAGUUGACGUCAGCUGGUUUCUCGAGCAGUCGCUCUCUACUGCUCCGUUAGAGACUAUAUGAAACACAAUCGACAGUAACUUUGUUGCCGAAGCAGACAGAAGAGUAACUUUAUUCUUAAAGUUACUAAAGAGGCAGGUUGAACACAUCAAUAUGCUAGUACCAUCCGACAUGCUUGCCGCCCAAUCAAGACUACUCUAUCAGCUGAACAAGUUCUAUGGAGAGAAGGUCCACAAACGUAAACAAAACAUUGCCGAAGCAGUACGAGAGGUAUGCAGGGUCGUCCAAGAAGUCCUAAAAGAGGUUGAAGCUCAAGAACCGAGGUUCAUCUCUUCCCUCAACGACUGCAACGGGAGAUAUGAAGGCUUUGAUGUCAUUUCUCCCACUGAAUUUGAAGUUGUGCUUUACCUGAACCAGAUGGGCGUUUUCAAUUUCGUCGACGACGGAUCCCUGCCAGGAUGUGCUGUGCUAAAGCUGAGUGAUGGUCGAAAACGUUCCAUGUCAUUAUGGGUUGAAUUCAUAACAGCAUCCGGAUACCUUUCGGCUCGCAAGAUUCGAUCGCGAUUCCAAACGCUCGUAGCACAAGCCUGCGACAAGUGUAGCUACCGAGAUCGAGUCAAGAUGGUGUCUGACACCACAGAAGUCAAGUUGAGGAUUCGAGAAAAAUUUGUGGUGCAGAUUACCCCAGCUUUCCGGUGCAGUGGGCUUUGGCCCCGAAGUGCAGCGCAUUGGCCGAUUCCGCCAAUAUCGAACAUUUCGUGGCCACACCCAAAUCUUGUUGCAGAAGUGAAAACCGAAGGAUUCGAUCUGUUGUCUAAAGAAUGUGUAACGCUGCAAGGAAAGCAGUCUUCUAUGGAGGGAGACGCUUGGGUGCUUAAUUUCGGCGAAGCAGAGAACAGAUUGCUACAAGGUGGUUGCAGAAGCAAGUGUCUCAGUAUUCUCAGGACUCUGCGAGACCGUCACUUGGACUUACCGGGCAACCCCGUAACUAGCUAUCACAUGAAAACCCUGUUGUUGUACGAAUGCGAAAAACACGCAAAAGAGGUGGAAUGGGAUGAAACCUGCCUCGGAGAUCGAUUGAAUGGGAUUUUACUCCAACUGAUUUCCUGCUUGCAGUGUCGCCGGUGCCCUCACUACUUUCUCCCCCAAUUGGAUCUUUUCAAAGGCAAAUCCGUUAGCUCGUUGGAGCAUGCAGCCAAGAAAUGCUGGAACCUUACUCGUUUGCUUCUAACAAACCAAAGAUCGCUAGAAGAAUUGUGAAUCUAAAUUUUAUUUUCAAUUGAUUUCAAAUACCCUCAAAAAAUGAGACGAGUGUUUUAAAGACAUGAUAUAGAAACUUUCGGGCUUCAAUUGUUCAUUAAAACUUUUCUUUUUCCUGGUUAGA